AUCAACGGAGCGUGAUUUUGUGCGCACACCGGCGACAUUCGAUAAGAAUGCAACGGAGAUCGACUACAGAGGUCGCUAGACUCUAGAGUUGGAGGCUUCAAACCAGUGAAUCCGACCAGGGAAUGCUCUUUUUAUACGCACGUGGUUGUGCACAUGUUCAGCUAAUAAUAAAAAUUCAAAACAAUUUUCAACAUGGAUAAUCGACAAUUAAAAGAAUCAUUCGACAUUGAAACUAAGGUUGAGGCGUUCUACACGGGUGGCAAUGUGAAAUGGAGCGACGAUGGCGAACAUUUGUUUUGUCACAAUUACGACCAUGUAGUUGCAUUGUCUCUUUCAAAAAAUACUCGUGUAGAAAUUGGUAUUGAGAACAAGUCGGAAACAGAUGAUAUUAAUGAGGAUCCAGUGACAUGCUUCAUUGCCAGCGAUGAUGGAGAAUCUGUCAUUACUUAUCAUAAAAGUACUUUGUUCAGAUAUUACAAAGUUCAGGAACCAAAAACACCAGUAAAGUUAUGGAAGUCGCUUCACAACCCAGUCGUAUCCAUGGCAAUAAUGAAGAUGGGAGAUGCAUUGAAUGUGGCCUCUGGUGGUGUUGAUGGCUCUAUUAGAUUAUGGGACAUAGAAAAACAUGCUUGUACUUUCAGCUUGAAAGGAGCUCAAGGCGUUAUUGGAAUCAUUCUCUACCAGUUUUGUAAAUUAUUAUCCGACUCACCAUUACUUUUUGCAGUUGGGGAUGAUCAUAUAAUUCGUGGUUGGAAUACCCAAACAGGAAAAAAUGAUAUUACUUUGGAAGGGCAUUUCAGUCAAGUAACAUCUUUGAGUUUUCAUGAAGAUGGCAAGCAUGCCGUAAGUUCUGGUAGAGAUAAGGUCCUGAUAUUAUGGGAUCUUCAGAAACAAAAGGCAUUACGUACAUGGCCUGUUUUUGAAAAUAUUGAAGGUAUAUUUAUAAUCCCAAAUGAAUCAGACUUUCCUGGUCGUGACAAGAAAAAAAAAUCGGAUAUUUUUGUUGCAUCUGCAGGUGGUCAUGGUGUUGUGAAAAUAUGGGAUAUGCAUUUAGGUAAAAAGGUUCACCAACAAACCAAUUCCUUGAUACCACCUGCCCAAUAUGAAGAAGGCUUAGCUGUAACACAAUUACUGUACAAUAAAGAAAGUAACAGUAUUUUAAUGGUUUCUACUAGUCAUAAUAUAUUUACUUAUACACUAGAUAAAUUUGAAAUUAAAAAACAGUUAUGCGGUUACUUAGAUGAAAUCGUUGACAUUGCUUUUUUGGGGACUCUUGAUACACAUAUAGUUGUAGCAGCCAAUACUUGUGACUUGAUUUUGUUUGAAAUAGAAACUAUGAAGUGCCAAAUAUUACAAGGUCACAAAGAUAAUAUUUUAUCAGUUGCAACAACAUCAGCUAAUCGUAACUUAUUGAUAUCCUCAGAUAAGGCUAAAUCAAUCAGAUUGUGGUUGAUGGAUGAGAAAACAAAGGUUGUAUCCUGCAUAGGUGAAAGAAAUGAACAUACAGCAGCAGUUAUCUCUGUUGCGAUUUCUCAAGCGACGGCUAGUUUUUUUGUGUCUGUAGGUAAAGAUAGUUGUCUUAAACUGUGGGACCUACCAGAAAAAUUAGAGAAUUUAGAUGCAACAUCCUCCUACAAUUCUCCCAAUACGAUUUGUGCUCACCAACAGCAAGAAAUUACUUGUGUUGACAUUUCACCAGACAAUAAAAUAAUUGCCACUGGUUCCCUAGAUAAAACUGCAAAGCUGUGGACUUCUGAUAAAUUACAACUACUCGGAACACUAAAAGGACAUCGUCGAGGUAUCCAUUGCGUGCGAUUUUCUCCUAUUGAUCAAGUAUUAGCCACAGCAUCCUCAGACUGCAAUAUCAAGCUAUGGUCAUUAUCCGAACUUAACUGUGUGAAGACUUUUGAAGGAAACGAGGCAGGUGUGAUGAAAAUUCAGUUUGCAAGUUGUGGUAUGCAAUUAAUUUCGUCAGCGAUAAAUGGUUUGAUAAAAUUUUGGUCAGUCAAAACGUCAGAAUGUAAUUUGACCUUAGAAGGACAUAAAGGCAAAGUUUGGUCUAUUCAGAUGAACCACAAUGAAACUCGUCUUGUAAGUGCUGAUAUCGAUUCUCGUUUCAUUUUGUGGAGAGAUACUACACAAGAAAAAAAAGAACUUGAGUUAGCUCAAAGAGAGGAAAGGAUGCAGGAUGAGCAGAAUUUAUCCAAUGCAUUGAAAGCUGACAAACUUUUAAAAGCCCUAAGAUUGGCUUUGAAAUGUCAAAAACCUCAUACUGUUUUAAAAAUUAUAGAGGCAAUUGUCAAAAAAGGAGAAGAAAAAUUAGACAAAACAAUUUGUAAAUUGAGUCCUGAACAUCAAGUAGAGCUGCUUCACAAUGCUAUUGCUUGGAACACGAAUGCACGUAAUUAUCACGUAGCUCAGAUUGUUAUAUAUCACGUCUUGAAAAAAGUAGGAAUAAAUAAUGUGGAAAAAGAUGUGAGAGAAACCUUGAGAUCUCUAAUUCCAUACACGGAAAGACAUUUUAGAAGAGUAACGAGAGUUUUCAAAGAUCUUCAUCUUUUACGUUAUACAGUUACUCAAAUGACUACGAACGUUGAAGACGACGACGAUGACGACGAUGACAAUAUGGAAUUAUAAAAUGUUUUAUCUUUAGGUUUUAUUGUUUAAAAUAAAUUUUAUCAUAUUUUUAUAUAAGCGUAUUCAUGCAAAAUAAGUGUUCUUAUUGUGUACCAAAAUCAUGCACAUGUUACAAUGAACUUGUAAAGACUGAUCUAUGAAUAUUACAUAAUUA